AGUUUCUCUCUCAUCAAAGAGACGGAGGCGGAAGAAAAACUAACACACACGCACACUCUCUCUCUAGACCUUCUCUCUCCCCUAACCCCAAAUUUCCCGUCCUUACCUUUCUCUCUCUCAUCAUCAUCGUCAAUCUAAAAUCUGUUCCAUCAAUUUAGGUUUUGAUUUUGAUGAUGAUUGAGUUUCUUCUACCAAAACCCUAGUAAUUUCAAAAUUGUUUAAUUUUAUUGUGUUUUUGAUCGUUUCUCAGUUUCAAUCUUUUGCAUGUCAAAUUCUUUGUUUCUGUAGAAUUUGGGUGGAAAUGUUUGAUUGAUUGAUACAAAUGAUUGAUGGGGUUAGAAUCUUCUGGUUAAAUUUUCUGAAUUUCAUGCAUGGUUUUAAGGAUAGAAAGAGGAAAAACCAAAAAUUACUCAUCUUAUGAGUUUUUAUUUGCUUUAGGGUUAAUGUUAAUAUGGAGGCGUUAGUUACCAAAGAUUUUGGGGUUUAAUUUUGAAAAGUUUGAUACUUUCUUUUGCUCUUCGUCAUGGAUGAUACAAGUACUAGGAGCGAAGUUGGGGUGAAGUCGCCAUGGAAACCUGCAGAGAGAGCUUUUCAUCGGUAUUCGCCAAUAAUGGAUGGUGGAGAAACUUCUCGGAAACAGAAUGGUGCGAGCCUUGUUACACGAAAACCGCUCAUCACCAGAUUAACUAAAGACAUAGUUAAAACGUACCAAACAUGUAAUCCAGAUUUCAAGCAUAAUGAAGAAUUAAAUCCAAAGCGGUUCCUAACCACCCCAUCAGUUGGUAUUAGCAACGGUGGAUAUGAUAAUGCAAAUUCAGAUAUGAUCUUGAGUGUGAACUUUGUCGUGCUCCACAUGGAAUCACAACGAAGAUACAUCGUCAAAGAGAUGCUUGGGCAUGGGACUUUUGGACAAGUUGCUAAGUGCUGGGUCGAAGAGUUGAAAGGUCAUGUUGCUUUAAAGAUAAUAAAGAAUCAACCAGCAUAUUUUCAGCAGGCACUAGUUGAAGUAUCCCUUUUGUGGCAGCUAAAUACAAAAUUUGAUCCGGAGGAUAAACACCACAUAGUUCGCAUUCUGGACUUUUUUGAGUUCCAAAACCAUUUAUGCAUUUCCUUUGAAUUGCUUGACUCAAACCUGUAUGAGCUCCUGAAGAUGAACAGUUUUAGAGGACUAUCAAUGAACAUUGUCCAAGUUUUUGCGAGACAGAUCCUGCGGGCCUUAGUAUUAAUGAAAGAUGCCAACAUCAUUCAUUGUGAUCUGAAGCCUGAAAACAUUCUUUUGUGCACGAGAUCAAAGCCUGGAGAAAUCAAAAUCAUCGACUUUGGAUCAGCUUGUAGAGAGGAUCGAACGGUUUAUUCUUACAUUCAGAGUCGUUACUACAGGUCCCCUGAAGUUCUUCUCGGUUAUCAAUAUAAUACUGCAAUAGAUAUGUGGUCCUUCGGUUGCAUAGUUGCGGAAUUGUUCUUAGGAUUGCCACUAUUUCCGGGAAUGUCGGAGUUUGAUCUGCUCAGACGAAUGAUAACAACACUUGGAGGCCAACCACCUGAUCAUGUACUGAAGGAGGCAAAAAAUACGUCUAAGUUCUUUAAGCGCAUAGGAAGUGGCCACAACUUCGAGAAUGAUGUAAUCUGCAUGGGUGAAAGAAGUGGUUACCAACCAUUAACUGCAGAGGAAUAUGAAGCUAGGACGCUGAAAAAAGCAACAAUAGGGAAGCAGUAUUUCAAGUAUACGAAGCUUGAGGAGGUUGUUAAAAACUACCCAUAUAGAAAUAACUUACCUCAGGAAGAGAUAUCCAGAGAAAGUAUAAACCGUUUAGCAAUGAUUGAUUUCUUGAGGGGUCUCAUUGAAUUUGAUCCAGCAAAGAGGUGGUCGCCUUUGCAAGCUUCAAAACAUCCUUUUAUGACUGGAGAACCCUUCACAAGCCCGUAUAGGCCUUCUCCGGAGACCCCUCAUGUGCCUGUAGCUCAGAAUUUUAAGGUGGACCACCACCCUGGUGGUGGUCACUGGUUUGCUGCAGGUCUUUCACCUCAGGUGUUAAGCAUUAAUAGAGGGCCUCCACAGAAUAACUUUCAGGUGGCUCCACAGAAUGCUAGUAGCUAUGGCAGCUUGGGAAGCCAUGGUAGUUAUAACGAAGGAGUUGGACUUGGCAGCAGCUAUGGAAGUUAUGGCGAUGAUAGUUGUGUAUAUGCAUACUAUUCUCCUGUGGGUCCAUCUGGUCUGAACAUCCGUGCUCAGGGUGGUGGAGUGCCAAUCGCUGGAGCUAGCUCUGAUGCUAGAUGGAGAACUUCUCAACUUUCUCAUGGGAAUGGAGGACUUGGUGUCAGUCCAUCCGCAGGAAACUUUGGGCCGAUGUCUCUAGGUGUGAGUCCCUCACAGUUUACACCUCCUAAUCACCAUACUCAAGUUUCCACUGGAUCUUCAGGAAAGUUCGGCCCAACUUCCCCAGCAAGAGGAAGUGUUCAUGGAUCACCUUUAAGCAAAAUGGCUGCUGUUGGACACUUCAAUAAUAGGAGGAGAAGUUGGGGACAUCCUGGGUCCCACUCGUUACCCCCUCAAGAAGAUACAACGCACUGGCAAGGGCAUCAUACUGAUGGUGCCAGCUGUAGUUACGGUGAGGGAAGCUCUCGUGGGCAUACUAAUGGUUCUCCUCGGAAUAUGCAAUCAACCAGUAGUGUUCCUAAUUGGAGGCCUUUGAGAGGAAAUGCCAGAUUCAAUGCAGGAUUUUCAUCUGGCACUUCACAGUCUGUUCCUCAACUGAACUCCAACAUGCCGUAUCGCCCAAGCUUGGAGUCUACAAAUGAAAAGGCUGAAAUUAGUUCGCUACCUGAUCCUGGAGAUUGGGACCCCAAUUAUAGCGAAGAAUUACUCCUGCAAGAGGAUGGUCCUGAUGUGGGCUCUAUGGUUUCUGAAUUUACCAAUAUCAUGCACAUUAGUCAUCCCCCAGAUCCUGCUGUUCCAGUUGCUGGCAUGGGAAGGUUUAACAACACCUACCAGACACAUAUGAACUCACAUAUACCCAAUCAAAGAAACUUCUUAACAAAUCAAGCAUUCCCUCAAGUAGAUGCGAGCUCCUCUUCAGCGCAUGAUAUGCAUGCGGGGCAUGGCCGUCCAAUUAUGUCUUCACAGUUCACACCUCAUUCCGCACAAAGCUCUCCUAGUCGUUUUGGGCAGCAUCCACCACCUUGUCAUCGAUCUAAUUAUGUGCCGCCAAAUUUUGCUCGUGGUGGUGAGUGGAAUCAUCAGAAGGUUCGGCCACCUCCAAUCUAUAACAAUGUUGGCUCACACUCUCUAGGCAAUAACACACUUCCUAACGGGUCGCCAUGGGGACGGAGGCCUGGGUAUCCAGUGACCAACAUUCCACCAGCAUCCAACUCAAGGAAGGAUUAUGGAAGGAUUGUUUGAUAGGAUAUAUAUGAAUAAUGAACUUGAUCUUUUUUUUUUCCUUCUGAAAGUGGGGUUAUUGUGUAUUCAGCAGUGGAACUAAGUUUCUACAAGAAACCCUUCUGUGAACGUGGGGAUUGUGAUAAUUUGGGGGAAAUUAUUUUAGUGGUCCUAUGGAUCCAUCUAAGAUCUGUUGGAAAAUCUUCUUCUUGAUGGUGGUGACAGUGGUGUGUGGGGUGGGAUGGAUCCAUCUAAGAUCCAUUGUAAAAUCUUCUUCUUGAUGGUGGUGACAGUGGUGUGGGGUGGGAUGGUGGUACAUGUAAAGCCAUUGUGCUAUUCACGGAAUACAUUCUAAAUUAUGGCAUCCAUGUCUAUCUCCAUUUUAGGCACUCUUCUUGUGAAGUUGGUCAACUUACUAAUUGAUCACCAAGGGGUGCUGGAUCUGUAAUCAGACUUCGUACUGAUUUUCAGCUAUUCACAUAUUAUUGAUUUGAAAGGAACAUUCUUCAAUAUAUUUAUUUUGCAAUUAA